AUGAUGCAUGCUCCAGAAGUAGACUAUGCUGUGUUUAAAGGAGUUCAGGAUGUUAUGAAAGACUUCGAGUUAUCAAUUGAAGAUUAUCUCGAUAUUAAGAAUGCUUUACUGGCUGCCCUCCGGUCAGGUUUAAAGUUGAAUCGCAGAGACAAGUCAUCUGUCAAGAUGUAUCCAUCAUACGUUACUAGGAUGCCAACUGGAAACGAAUGUGGACAGUACCUUGCGUUGGACCUUGGCGGAACAAACUUCCGUGUGUGCCUUGUAACCCUCUCAGGCAAGCAGGAGCCACCUAUUGUAGAGCAGCGUACACACUCUAUUCCAGUUGAAAAAAUGUGUGGGACAGGUGCAGAGCUCUUCGAUUACUUAGCCAUGAAUAUCCAUGAAUUCCUUAGACUGAGAGGGCUCUUGGAGAAACAGUUUUAUUUGGGAUUCACGUACUCUUUCCCGUGCGAACAAUCUGGACUUAAUACUUCUUACCUUGUUAAAUGGACGAAAGGCUUUUCGGCAUCGGGUGUUGUCGGACGAAAUGUUUCAGAUCUAUUACAGACUUCUAUUGACAAAACCGGUGCGCAUGUAAAGUGUGUGGCCGUCGUUAAUGAUACCGUUGGAACCCUUGCUGCCUGCUCCCUCGAAGAUCGACGUUGUGCCGUUGGGCUUAUUGUCGGCACCGGUUCGAAUGCCGCAUAUCUGGAGGAUAUCGACAAAGUUGAACUCAUAACUGCAAGACGAAUGAGCGGGGAAUUAAAUGAGGAAGAAUACAAGUCUGUCAAAUGUGUGGUCAUUAAUAUGGAAUGGGGUGCUUUCGGAGAGUCUGGAGAAUUAGAUUACUACCGUACACCAUUUGAUGAAGCAGUGGACAAGGAAAGUAUCUUCCCAGGAAAACAAAUAUUUGAAAAGAUGUGCUCCGGCAUGUAUCUGGGAGAAUUAGUUCGACAGAUCCUUCUGUUUCUGACCGAGAAGGGUUAUCUUUUUGACGGAAUCAUUCCCGAUCGACUUCGGAAACGUGAAAGUUUCCAUACAAAAUACAUCAGCGAAACUGAACGCGACCCACCACACUUGCUCUACAGCACCUUAUAUAUGUUGACGGAAGAUUUACUGAUUUCUUCGGUCUCCAUACAAGACUGUCGAAUAGUCCGCUAUGUUUGUGAAGUAAUUGGCAGAAGAGCCGCACAUCUGACCGGUGCAGGCAUUGCAGCUGUCCUUGAGCACAUAAAAAGACCAGAAGUGUCCAUUGGUAUUGACGGUUCUCUCUACAAACUUCAUCCGCGUUUUCGUGAACGAAUGACUGACAUCCUUGACAAACUUCUACCUCCAACGAUUCGGUUCCGCCUCCGACUUUCCGAAGAUGGUAGUGGAAAAGGAGCCGCAGCCAUUGCAGCCGUUGUAUCAAACGAUUCCUUACCAUAA